CAUGCGCCCAUGAAGAGACGCUGCUGCUGCUGCUGCUGUCUGAGGUGCGCGCGCUGCGGCUGGCUUAUUUACAUACGUUCAGUCACACUGCAUCAUAUGAAAGCUGUGGCGCUGCUUAGGAAAUGGAUUUUCUAAAGGGAUUUAUGUGUCUAUAUGGUGAUACAUCUCAAGGUACCGCCAUGUGGACCACGCUCUCCAAUCUGAACGAACAGCGCUAAAUUUGUGUCAUCAGUCCCACAAGCUGUUCCUCCAAACAGUGUGGAAAGGAUUUACACAGCCACAUUACUGAAGAGGAUUUCAUGACUUGCGCUACAUCUACAUUUUAACUGCGUGUCAGAAAUGCCCCUUUCCAUAAAGUGGUGCAUUAGGUGGGCUGCCUGCUUUUACUUUAUUUUUGCACUGAUCCCCAGGUCCAGAGGAUCGCUGCUAAAUUGUCACAAAAUGUGCAUAUGCGCCAGCAACAUCGUCAGCUGCUCCAAGAUGAACUUGACAAUGGUUCCAUCCGACUUGCCCAACUACACAGCUGUGCUUGACAUUAGUUUUAACGAGAUAACUGGACUUCGCGCGCAAUGGACCAAGCACAAACUUCCCAACCUCCACAACCUCUUGCUCAGCCACAACGGUUUGUCGUUCAUCUCUUCUGAGGCAUUUGUUUUCGUAAAGCAAUUGCGCUACAUGGAUCUGUCAUCGAAUAAUCUGCGACAGCUGGACGAGUUUAUUUUUGAGCCACUGGUAGAUCUAGAGGUUCUUCUGCUCUACAACAACCACAUCUCGCAGAUCGACCGCACAGCCUUUUCAGGCCUCAACAGCCUGCAGAAGCUCUACCUGAGCCAGAACCUGGUGUCCCGCUUCCCCCUGGAGCUCCUCAAGGACAAGAACCGACUGAACAAGCUGAGCCUGUUGGACUUGUCUUCCAAUCGGAUCAAAGUUCUCCCCAUUCAAGACCUCCAGGCACUGCCGGCCUGGAUCAAGAAUGGGUUGUACUUCCACAACAACACCCUUAUCUGUGACUGCCAGCUGUACAGUUUGAUGACUCAUUGGUAUAUCCGACGGCUCAAUUCAGCUGUGGACUUCAAGGACGACCACACCUGCGUGCAUCCCGGCCCGGAUAAACGGGUGCUGCAUUUGUACGAUCUCAACACUCAUAUGAACUGCAGCACGUUUAAAGAAACUGACCAAGAAGCUUAUUUGGAGCAAACGCUCAUCCUCAGCUGUGAUACCAGACAUCGGAACAUGACCAAGACUUGGGUGCUACCUGGAAACAUAGUGGUGUCUCCUUAUGAUAACCAGAGCAUUGUGCCUCUGAAAGACGGCAACCUUCAGAUAAAAUCGAUACGACCUGAGGACUCAGGUGUGUACACUUGCUUUGCCGUGAGUGAAUACCUCAACGAAACUCUCUAUGUGGUGGUCAAAGUCCACAAUUGCACCCUCAGUGGCAACAGCGAGACCCUCAACACCGCUUACACCACUUUGGUGGGCUGCUUGGCCAGCGUGGUCUUGGUUCUUAUCUAUCUGUACCUGACGCCCUGUCGUUGCUUCUGCUGUCCUGACCAGGGCAAAAAGAACCAUCAUGAAGACAGCAUCCACUCAUCCAUGCUCAGCGCCACCCCAACGCAUGAGGAUAUGGCAACCAAAGCAGAUCUCAACAGGCAUGUGGCCUUCAUAGACCCCAAGGACCUACAGGGACAGAACGGAAAGGUGAAUCCUAAUGGAGAGGAAGAAGUGGAUGAGGAGGCCAUGAAGCGAAAAGGAAAACGGAAGAAAUCGGUGGCAGACUCGAUUAGUUCAGUCUUUUCUGAUACUCCCAUUGUAGUCUGAGGGAAGGUGUAUUUUUGGCUAGAGACAGUUCUUUGUUGUGGCUUUCUCGGAUUAAGAGACUAAAAUACACAUUUUGCCAUCCUCAGUCUUCGCCUGUUUCUGCAAAACCUUUCCAGCAUUUUAAUCUGUAGCAAUUAAGUAUAUACUGUGAAAAGGUCUUGCCAUAUUAAUGUAAUCUAAAGUUGGAGUGUUCCUGUGAGUUUAAGCCCACUAAGUAUGACUAGAGGUAGUCUGGGUGAACAACAAAUGCAUUUUGCGAUUUCUCAGUGAUCAAGUUAGGAAGCUAGGUUGACAGAGAUUAGAACAUUAAUACAUCCUCUAUAUAAUCACAUCAUAAGCAUGAGCUUUGCAGACCGCUAAUGUUAAGAAUAUAGCAUUGAAUGAAGGCCUUGUAGCUAAUCAUAUUUACCACAUUUUAUGCUAACUGACCAACCUUACCACUUUAUGUGAAGCCAUAUGCAGUUGGUCACUGCAGAGGAAAGCAAUGCACAAUAGCAUUUGAGAGUAGUCGCAGGUAAAUGAUGGACAAGUAUCUGUUUUUUAUGGAACGUUACAAGCUGAUGACAGUCAAACUGUAAACUGAUCAUUAAAUGGUCACUUACAUGAAACUUCCUCAACCUAUACAGUAUAUGGCAAUGGAAAAAAAAAAUAUCCUUGUAAAACUCAAAUUGUUUUUUAAAUCUAGACUCUUUAAGUC